AUGUCUCCUAGGGUGUCUGUCUUCACUCCUAAACCAACCAAAGGUCAAUCACCAAGUGUCCUCACUCCUAAACCAAACAAAGGUCAAUCACCAAGUGUCCUCACUCCUAAACCAAACAAAGGUCAAUCACCAAGUGUCCUCACUCCUAAACCAAACAAAGGUCAAUCAACAAGUGUCCUCACUCCUAAACCAAACAAAGGUCAAUCACCAAGUGUCUUCACUCCUAAACCAAACAAAGGUCAAUCACCAAGUGUCCUCACUCCUAAACCAAACAAAGGUCAAUCACCAAGUGUCUUCACUCCUAAACCAAACCAAGGUCAAUCACCAAGUGUCUUCACUCCUAAACCAAACCAAGGUCAAUCAACAAGUGUCCUCACUCCUAAACCAAACCAAGGUCAAUCACCAAGUGUUCUCACUCCUAAACCAAACAAAGGUCAAUCACCAAGUGUCUUCACUCCUAAACCAAACAAAGGUCAAUCAACAAGUGUCCUCACUCCUAAACCAAACCAAGGUCAAUCACCAAGUGUUCUCACUCCUAAACCAAACAAAGGUCAAUCACCAAGUGUCUUCACUCCUAAACCAAACAAAGGUCAAUCACCAAGUGUCCUCACUCCUAAACCAAACCAAGGUCAAUCACCAAGUGUUCUCACUCCUAAACCAAACAAAGGUCAAUCACCAAGUGUCUUCACUCCUAAACCAACCAAAGGUCAAUCACCAAGUGUCUUCACUCCUAAACCAAACACAGGUCAAUCACCAAGUGUCCUCACUCCUAAACCAAACAAAGGUCAAUCAACAAGUGUCCUCACUCCUAAACCAAACAAAGGUCAAUCACCAAGUGUCCUCACUCCUAAACCAAACAAAGGUCAAUCACCAAGUGUCCUCACUCCUAAACCAAACAAAGGUCAAUCACCAAGUGUCCUCACUCCUAAACCAAACCAAGGUCAAUCAACAAGUGUCUUCACUCCUAAACCAAACAAAAUCAAUCACCAAGUGUCUUCACUCCUAAACCAAACAAAGGUCAAUCACCAAGUGUCUUCACUCCUUAACCAAACACAGGAACGUCAAACACCAAGCGUCUUCACUCCUUAA